AUGCCUGCCGAUACAUCCCCAGCCGACACAGUCGUACUCACAGAUGAAAACAACACUUACCCUGAAUAUGUAUGGUAUACCAUCGCCGCGUUUCUCUUCGUAGUUGGCUGCUUCCAACACUACGAGUCCGACGAAGAAACCGCUGCUUUCAAUAACAUCCAGCAUAAGUUUUCUCUUCGUCGUAUCCCGCUCGCGAUCGUAAAUUUUUAUCGUGUUGUUGCUUUCCGGUGGACCCUAGCAAUAGGGCAGUCUUAUACCCUCAACAUGGCAGAAGUUUUAGUUACUGUGGUAUACAUCGCCCUUCUUUUGAUCUACGCUUUCAUUAAUACCACCUCAGUUAAGGGUCAGAAGCUUGAUGUCUACUACUGGAGCAACCGUAUAGCCGUGCUGGCGUCCAGUCAGUUUCCCAUUGUCACGGCUCUUGGUACAAAGAACAACCUCGUGUCUUUGGUCACAGGCAUCAGCUAUGAUAAGCUCAAUUACAUUCAUCGAAUGAUGGCUAGGACAUGCUUCAUGCUCCUUUGCGUACAUGCAGUGGGUGAAGUGCAGUACUAUUCCUCGUACGAUUGGAUCCAUGCUGGUGUCAUCGCCAUGGUUGCCUUCUUUAUUCUGAUCCUAGCAUCACUGCGUCCUGUUCGCAGUAACGUCUAUGAGGUCUUCUUUUACAUCCACUUCAUUGCCGUCAUGAUGUUAUUGGUGGGAGCGUAUUUCCACACCCAUGGCGUUUAUGGGUCGUACUGGAUAUGGCCUUCAUUUGUGAUAUGGGCUCUCGAUCGCGUUAUCCGGAUGGUUCGACUUGUUGUAUUCAAUCACUCUUAUUUUGGCUUCAAGUCAGGAUAUGGGACGAUGGAUGCAACGACGGAAAUGCUUUCCGAAGAUGUCGUUCGAGUGCGCUUACAUCGACCCCCGCAUUUCCACUGGUCCCCAGGACAAACGGCAUAUCUAAUCAUGCCCUCGGUUUCGACACUGCCAUUCGAAGCGCAUCCCUUUACCAUUGCGAGUUACGAUUCUAGUCUGCUCUCAACCGCGGAAACAGAGGAUCAAUCGGGAAGCAGUAGAGAACACGAGAUUCAGGUUUCGGGAUCAAGCUCCUCACUCUGGAAGGAGCUAGUGUUUUUUAUCAACGUACAUCGAGGGUUCACGAAAAAUCUGAAGGAGGUAGCUGCCAAGAAGGGCAUAGUUAAGGUGUUUGUAGACGGUCCUUAUGGCUCGUCUCCUGAUCUAGGUUCCUACGACACGUCUGUACUUGUGGCAGGAGGAUCUGGUAUAUCGUAUACCCUUCCGGUCUUCCUGAACGUUAUCGAGCAAGCGCGCAAGGGAAAAAGCUCCUGCAAACGAGUGGUGUUCAUUUGGUCAAUACGCCAGGCUGAGAGUGUCCAAUGGAUCGAAGAAGCACUCGUCAAGGCCGUUCAGCUUGCCCCGCCUUCUUUGACAGUAUCUAUCCGUAUCUUUUACACUGGUUCUACACGGUCUAUGGAAGAGGUUUCCAGUCUUUCAAAUUCAACAGAAAAGCCAGGGAAGGAUCCUUUAGCGUUGUCAAUGUUAUUGUCGUUACGCGGGGUUAAGAUGGAAAGUGGACGAUCGGACCUGGAUGCACUGCUCAAAGAAGAGGUUAGCAUGGCCUCGGGGAGCAUGUCUGUGAGCGUUUGCGGAUCUCAGGGUAUAGCACGCGCGGUUCGUCGUGCACUUCGCUUCCCUGUCUCUGGACCUUCCAGUGUUCUCAGUGGAGGACCGAGCGUGACCCUAUAUGUCGAGUCGUUUGGAUACGCCUGAUAGUAUCCUCCCGAUCUACCUGUUUACAAUUAUAUACGGAACUAUUCUGCUGGUUUAUUUGUCACUGAUUCGUUACUAUAGCUGUUCAACAAGUAUGAUGGACGAUACUUAAUGGAUGACUGCGUAGAUUACUAUGGACUUUGAAGCAUAUCUGCAUUAAGAGAUACUCCGUACAGGAAAUAAAAAUUGUAACACAUUAGAUAAAACAAUGCCCCAUGGAUGAUCUACAGUAUACUAAGACGCGAAAAUGUCAGCAGCCACAUUAGUUGCCGGAGUUGAGCGUCUCUAGCUUUGUCGUGCCUAGCUGCUUCCUACAAU